UGAGCUUCGCGCCAUCGUCGGCUGCGGUAGGCUGAGUCGUCAGAGAGGGAGGCACGCGCCGAGCACGUAUUUCUCUUUUAAAUUUUCAUUUAUUCAUUUUUUUUGUGAACUUAAAGGGAAAAAGAUCCCGUUUCACGUAACCCUGUGUGAAGUUUGUGCAGAAACAGGUAGAGAUGCCAGUCGUGCGGUUUCAGGCUGGAGAUACCGUGAUGGGCCGCUGGCCCGGCAGUAACCUCUACUACGAGGUCAAGGUGCUGAGGCACUCCGCCAAGACUCAGCUCUACACCGUCAUCUACAAAGAUGGCACCGAACUGGAGCUGAAGGAAGCAGACAUCAAGAGCGUGACUGGAUUCAAGCAGGCUUUUGGCCGCUCUCGGUCCCGGUCUCGCUCCCGCUCUCCGGCGCGUACUCGCCGUAGUCGCUCGCGCUCACCGGCGAGAACGUCUCGCCGCUCUUCAUCCCACACCACCGAGACGCGCCGAGACAAACUUAAAGACGUGCUGGAGGUGCGCCUCACGCCUGUGGCCCGGCGUGCAUCCGGAGCCAGUCCUGGGAUCACCGAGCGCAAGACUGCGCCGUUGGUGAACAACAGCAACAAUGAGCAUGAAAAGAAAGAGGAGAAUGACGCCGCUAACAAAGCCGUUGAGAAAGUGAAGGAGGAAACUGAGAACCAGGUAAGUGUUCGCUACAAUCUUCGCCGCAGGAAGGACCAGGGGGAAGAGCAACUGUUCGAGCAGAAGAACACCAAGCCACUUGUGUCACUGGAGACGCCACAGAGGACCAGCAAGACUUCCGACCUGGAGUUUGGAGGAAGGAUCGGUGUGUUGUGUUUGCUGUUGCUGCUUCCUGUGGUGGUUCUGGCACUGCUUAUUCUCUGUAGCCAGAAGGAUUCUAGUCUCCUCGGCUUUCCUCACAUGCUUCCCCCACUUCACUCUCUCUGGGACUGGCAGGUUUUUGGCAUCGUGCUCCUUUGGCUGCUCUUCCAGGCUGUCCUCUCGCUGCUCCCUGUCGGCAAGGUUGUUAAUGGAAUGCCUCUGAAGAAUGGAAAAACAUUGAAAUACAGGAUUAAUGGGUUUUAUGCGCUACUCGUCAGUGCUAUAGCAGUAGGCGCUGGCGUAUAUAAUGGGCUGGAUCUCAGCUACAUCCACGCUCAUUUCCUCCAGUUCUACACCUCGGCCCUGCUCAUCUCCAUCCUCCUCAGCGUCUACCUGUUUGUCCGUUCCCGUUGGGCCUCUGAAGAUGACCGUGCUCCAGCUGGCAGUUCUGGUUAUGUGAUAUACGACUUCUUCAUGGGACGUGAGCUGAAUCCACGAAUCAAAAAUUUUGAUAUCAAAUUCUUCUGUGAAAUGCGCCCAGGACUUAUUGGUUGGCUUGUAUUUAACUGCGCUAUGUUGCAUGCUGAGAUGAACCUUCAGCAUCUUGACAUGCCGUCCUCAGCCAUGCUGCUUGUGAACACCUUCCAGCUGCUUUGGGUUGUUGAUGGCCUUUGGCACGAGGAGAAACUUCUAAGCAUGAUGGACAUGGUACACGAUGGCUUUGGGUUCAUGCUGGCUUUUGGAGAUCUGGCCUGGGUUCCCUUUACUUUCACUUGUCAGUCAUACUACCUUGCCAGUCACCCCAGUGACCUGUGUGUGUUUUGGAUCGUUCCCAUCAUCUUAAUGAACAUGGUCGGCUACUACAUAUUCCGGAAAGCCAACUCGCAGAAAUUCGCUUUUAGAAGAAAUCCAUACGAUCCUGCCUUGUCCCAUCUGAAAACGAUUCCGACCGCAACUGGAAAGAGCCUCAUUGCGUCUGGUCUCUGGGGUUUUGUCCGUCACCCGAAUUACCUUGGAGACCUCGUCAUGGCUUUGGCCUGGUCCCUAACAUGUGGUUUUAAUCACGUAAUUCCUUAUUUUUAUCUGAUGUACCUGCUCGUCCUGCUGGUGCACCGGGCGGUGCGGGACGAGCGUCAGUGCAGGAUGAAGUACGGCUUGGCGUGGGAGCAGUAUUGUAAAGCGGUGCCUUACCGCAUCUUCCCCGGGGUGUACUGAGAACCCUCGCACAGACAUUCGGGGCAUGGGAAUGAAGAUCUUCGUUCUGAGAGUGAGGAAACAGCAGAGGGGGAUGACUGAGCAACUCGGCAGCUAUUUUGGAUCCUAGAAGAAAGUUUUUAAUUCGAAUAAUUUGUCAAAUCUUUAGAAUUUUGCCCCAGUUGUAAUCUCUCCUAUGUAUAUUCAUGUACAUACAGGGUUUUUCUACUCGAGCAUUUUCUGCCAUAACUCUAUAACCUUCUGCCAUGAUUGAGGUGUUGAAACUUUGUGUUUCUUGCCGUUUUAUUUCUUGUAGUUUGCUGUAAUACGUUAAGUUGAAUGCUUUUUGUACAUUAUGUUCAAUGGGAUAUUAAUUGAUGAAUUGUAUGUAUUACUUUUCUGUACAGUAAUAACAGUUAUGAUGUGUUGUCUCAGGACCAGCGCUUUUAUGAGAAGAAAAAGGGGGGAAAAGAAUAACUUUUGGUCUGAAUUUUUAUAUAUAAUUUAUGGCAGAAUGUUUUGGAAUGAAUUUUAACCUUAAAUGCUCUGUGGUAAAGAUGUUUUGUUUUUAGCCAGAAAUGCUUAUUGCUUAUAUUAUUUUAAACUUUUGUUCUCAUACAUUAGCUACUAUUCCUUUUUUUUUUUUUUUUUAUUUGUAUUUUUUGUGUACAUGAUACACGGCAUCAACGAUCACAUUUCUCAUUCAUUUAAACUAAACCUCCCGUUGUGAUUUUCCUAACUAUACCCAGGAAACCGUGGUGUAGAACAUGCACGCGGUGCAUCCGAGUCUCCGGUGCAUCCGAGUCUCCGGUGCAUCCGAGUCUCCGGUGCAUCCGAGUCUCCGGUGCAUCCGAGUCUCCGGUGCAUCCGAGUCUCCGGUGCAUCCGAGUCUCCGGUGCAUCCGAGUCUCCGGUGUCCAGGCUGUUCAUCUCAGUACAUUAGUCUGAUGAAAUGUAGAUACAGUUCUGAUAUGUAAAGUUUAAUCUCAUGCCAAAGCUUCUUUUAUAUAUAUAUAUAUAUAUAUAUAAGUGAAAAAGUAAUUUGCACAGAAAGCAGUGUUUUGUUAGGUUAUUUUAAGUUUCCUAAUAAGAACAGUAUUUGAUUAACUGGGCAGAUUUUAUCCAGCAUGUACACUGCAAGACUUCAUCAUUUAUGUACAUGGGAACUUUUCACAUGUUAUUGGUGCUUACUGUUUUGAAUUUCUUUUCAUCAGCAAUUUAGCCCGAUGUCUUUUGGUCAAUCAGUAAAUGAGCUCUUAUUACGUUAUAGGAUUUGUGAAGUGGUCUUUUUUUUUUUUUUUUUUUUGCCUUUGAUUGGAUAAAUAAAGAGUACCCCAGCAUUGCUUAUAGGAGGAAAGAACAAAUAUGGUCUAAUAAGGAAGACUUUGCGUUGUAUGUUUUUACCAAAAAAAAUAAAUAAAGUAUUUUGUGUA